GCCAACCUGCAGUGUGUCAAUCUCUCAUAAACUCCUCCGCGAGUGGAGCAAUAAUUAGUUUUAGACUUUACUGAUUAAACAGAGCAGCAGCCUCUCUCAUUGCACCAUGACUGGCAUCGCUGCUCUCUCUGCUCUCAUCUUAACAUCCUCUCUCCUCAGCUGCUCCGCUGCAGACACAUCGAUCCUCUGCGCUUGGACUAAAGUUUCCAAUCAAGAAGUGCAUUAUGCUUUCCUCCGGCAGGUUGAUUCAUCCACGCGGCUCUACCACACCACCUGGUCCGGGGAGCGCGCACACCUGCACGGCUGCUCCUGGAGCGACGACCCGGUGGUGAUCCAGAACUACUACUCUCUGUGCCAAGAGAGCACCGAGGACUUCUCAGAUCAUCCAGAUGAAAGCUUUAAUUUGGGCCCCAUGUUUGAGAGAGAAACAGAUGUGUGCGUCUCCAUGGCUACUUCACAGGUCGCCGAGCACGCGGAGGCCUCAAGGAAGAGGGCUAUGAGGAGCCUUGGGGGUCGUCAUGGUGGAGAGGAAAGGUCAGAGGUCGCGAGCCAUCAGCGUGUGAAGCGAGGUUUUAUUGUACCUGGCACCCUGUGGUGCGGCGCUGGCAACAAGGCGCCGUCAUAUGACGAUUUGGGAGUGUUUUCAGACACCGACAGCUGCUGCCGUGAACACGACCAAUGCGACAACAACAUCUUGUCCUUUCAAACCAAGUUCGGCGUUUUCAACAGCAACAUGUACACUUUAUCUCACUGCGACUGUGACAGCAAGUUUCACAAUUGUCUAAUGAUGACGAAUAGCAGCUUAUCUGAUGUGGUGGGAUAUACCUUCUUUAACCUGCUGAAGGUGCACUGCUUUGAGUUUGCCCAUCGACCCCAGUGUACACAGAGGAACUGGUUUGGGAUGUGUAAAGAGACUCAGUUGACUACGUACGCUGUGAUCCAUCGUUCCCCGCUGUACGAGCUCAGCCCUCAAACAGACACCAACUACCUCAUUAACGCCACCGAAUCCGCAGGAGGCCUGCCGAGCAACAUGUCGGACCUGCACCCGUUCUCCAUCGCCGCUGCAGCAUCCACCGUCCCCAUGCCUUCCACCAGCUCUGCCUCCAUCACUCCCGUUACCGUGGUUACCGCCUCCACAGGCAACCGCACUUCAGAGGGGCCGACGCCUAAGCGAGGAGACGACCGGGAGAACACUUUACCCACUAAAAACCAAACUCUGCCUGAGCAGGAUGUCACAGACAAUCAGCUGUCAUGUGAUGUGUAUAAGGAUCUGGACGAGUGCAGCAGUAAAAUCCCUCCCCAGCAGCAGAGAUUCGGCCUCCACAACUCAGAGUCCAAGACGCUGUACCACUGCAACUGUACAACCAGAUUCUUUCAGACUUUGGCUAAACAGAGACAACUGACCGAAGUACAAACUCUUCUGCUGGGAUACGUAUCUCAGUCCUGCUUCCUGACACAGAACUGCACAGAAGGCAACAGCUGUUCAGCAGUCGUGGUGAAACUGGAGUUUCCUCAGCUGAACACGGAGGAGCAGCGCCAUCUGCAGGCGGUGAGGCUGAAUGUCAGGAGGCCAUCAACAGGGAGAGUGAAGAGGAGAGACCGAGCUAUCAGACUCCAGAGAUUGUGUCUCAGGAUGGUCGAGAAAACUCCAAAUGCUGUAAGAGGAAGGAAGCUCGUCUGAGUGUGAAUAUUAUCCACGUGUUCAACAUGAAAUAUAUAUAAAGACAUCAUGAAAUACAUAAUCAAAAAUAUAGAUUAGAAACUUGAAUCAAGCACAAUACAAUACAUUUUUAAAUUUCAGCUCAUUGUUAUAAAGUGUUGUUUUUUUCUUGUUUCUUUUCACAAUUACAGUUUAAUUAAGUCUAAUUGCACCAGUCUUUAUUUAAAAAAAUCAGUUUCAUUUUAAAUAAGUGAUUUAAUUUUGGAUUUAAAAAAAAAUGGACCAAUUCAGAAACUGAGUAUUAACAUGUUUAAGAUGUUAAAAAGACAAAAAGCUAAAAUACAGACUUUUGAAAAAGGACAUAAAUAAAUUAAAAUGUACUGAAAUGAUAUUUUAUAUUAAUGAGCUGACAUUUAAACAUUUGAUGGAUCAUUUCCCAAUUUCAUUUCAAUUUCAAUGUUUUAAUCUUCAUUUAUAAAUACGGUUAUUCAUUUGAUAAUGUCUCAUUUAAUUAUUUGAUACUGAACACUUUGGUUCUCCUUUAAUCAUUGUAGUAUUACGUAUUUAUAUUGUCUACAUCAUGUAUGUAGUAGAACUCAGUGAAGGUGUCAGUGGGUUUUUUUCAGAGACGAUAAAAGUGAGAAAAGUAAAAUAAACCUUUUUCACAGCUGACAUUUUUCGGUGUCACAGCAGGAACGAAAGAGCCGAGCGAUUAUUCAUUCACUGGAAUCACUUACUGGACACUUUAUACUCUUUAUGCUGAAGUGUCCAAACUAUUGCAUAAAGGGUUCAUGUGGUUUUCAUUAUAUGUAAUCAACCGAUUUCAGUCUUCAGGCAGUUGAUCGGUUGAAUCCUUUGCUCUUGAGUGUUUGAAACAAAAACCUGCAGACACUCGUCCUUUUAUGGAAGAGUUUGGACUCGCCUGCUUUAAGGCCUAUUAGUGACUUCAGUGUCUACAUUGUGUUGUUUGGUCGGUUUGCUCCAGACUUAAAUAUCCCAACGACUAUUGGAUUUCGAACAAUCAUUCAUGGUUCUUAGAGGAUGAACCCUACUAACUCUGAAAAUGCUCAGUGAGGUUGACAUUUGAGGUUUUAAGCCAAAUGUCUUGAUAACUACUGGAUGGACUGCCAUGAAAUCUGGUUCAGACGUUCAUGUCCCUCUCAGGAUGAGCUGAAACAACUUCUCCUGAUUUUCCAUAUAACGCCAUAUUUGUACAAUACUUUGAUUUAUGACCAAAUAGCUGAAAAACUAAAACAUUUUCAGUAGCACACAGUACUUUGUUUUCCAUUAGCAAGGACCACACCAACAACAAGAUGCACUUUAACGAUUGAUGAGCAUGGUUCCUCCAUUUGCCGACUGUGUUUUGGGGAGGCUUAUCCCCCCUUAGGACCUUAUGAAGAGCAGAGGAAGAAACAGGAAGAGAGAAAUGGGGCGAGAGGGAAAGGUGUAGAAUACUAAGGAGGAAGGGGAGGAGAGGGCCAAGUGGUAUUUUAUAAGAAUGGCCAGAGGUGGAGCAGUCUUGAUGUGAUCCUGCUCCUUAAACUAUGCUAAAUAAGUUCCACUAAUGCUAAAUAGAAAACACGCCAAUGCUAUGUUCAUGUCACAUAGGAGUUAUCGUAAUUAUGAUAUUCCAACUUGUAAAUAGUGUUCAUGUCAACAGCCAAGGUUUGAUUAUGAAAAUGCAAACUUUCGUCCGUUAUAUAUAGCCUUGUUCGCUACGGUUGUUGAGGUUUUUCUACGUGUUGUUUGCUGAAGUCCACUCUCAUAUUACAGAUCAGAUUUUUUUUAGAAAAAGUAGUGAAACUCUGCUACUGUGUCAUCGUCUCUCGGGGGGCAGUUUCCUGAAGUUAACCAAUCAGAACAGAGUGGGCUCAUUGGGGGGGGGGCGUUAAAGCGAUGGUUCGGCGUAAUUUCGACCUAGCGUCAUAUGCAUCAUGAGGUCUAUCUAAUCAUCAUCCAGCCGUUUUUUUUCAUUUGGUCGGACAAUAGGGAAGUUAGAGCCAUCAGCCUAAUGUCUUAGUACAGGCGCUAACGGGACCACCAGUGUAUCUGGUAAAUGACCCCACUAAUAAUGCCUGGAUUGUUAUCACACUUCUACAGUAGUACAAAUAGGGUCUUUACUCAUAAAUGGAUACAUUGGAAAGUUUGUAAGUACACCAGGAGUUUAUUAAAAUAACACUUACCUGAUGGCUUUUACUCUGCUGCUACUGCUAAAGCUGGAAACAUCGUUGAAAUAUAGCGUGAUCACUGAAAUACCGUGUGAUCUCGGAGACACCUGCACAGCACAUCUAGAGAUCUGUGCGUGAUCGGCUGAUGGCUCUAACUCCACUAUUUUGCGACCAAAUUUUAAAAAGCGGCUGAGGUGUUGAUUAGAUACGUCAUGAUGCAUAUGAUGCUAGGUUGAAAUUACGCCGAACCAUCACUUUAAAGAGACAGGAGCUAAAACGGCCUGUUUCAGACAGAGGCUGAACAUAAAGGGCCAGUAGAAGAUAAAUAAGGAGUGUUUAACCACAAAUCAUGCAAAGAUAUUCUAGUAGAACCCCAGAAUAUAAAUAUAGACUUGUAAAUAUGCAUUAUGAGUCCUCCUUUAAGCUCUAAAGUGCCUAUGUACAGCCUCAUAGAUGCAUAAAGCAUGGCUGUAGAUUCAUGUUUUGCUGUAAGUCAAAAAAGUUCUGCUGAGUUUGAUACUGGUGGUUAUUUUCCCUGAGAUGAUGAUGAUGAUGAUGAUAGUUUACCCAUCUUUCUAUGCACACACUUAUCUCUACUGUCACUGUUAUUGAAGUUUGUUGUAAAUAUUUGGAUGGUGCUGAAUGAGCUGUAGACUGAUGCUAAUCAUGUUAGUACAGCGAUGAAAAAGUACACAUGAGAAAACACUUAUUUGUAAAUAUCAGUACAUAAAAACCACAUGGUGAAGUAUGUGGUUUAUGAUGUGAGAAGUAAAUGUAUUAUUGAUUAUAUGUUCAUAAAGGAAUAGUUUGAGAUCUUUGGAAAUAUGUUUAUUCACCGUCUUCUUACUGAGAAUAAGAUGAGAAGAUUGUUACCACUCUCAGUAUGGUAAAUAAGCAAGAACCAACAACUGGAUAGCUUAGCUUAGCGUAGCUUAGCUUAGCAUACAGACUGGAAUAGGGGGAAACAGCUAGCCUGGCUCUGUGCAAAGGUAACAAACUCCACUUAAGGCUUAAUAAUUUUAACAAAAGAAGCUCCAGAAUCAGGAAAACAUAAUUAAAAGUCCUGCUGAUAGUCUUGACCGAUGAAAGAAACACUAAGAAAGAGAUUGCAUUGAGCUACAGAAGCUAACGGUUGCUAAUGAUAGAUGCUAACUUGAUGUGACUUCAUGUCUUUGGCAUCUUUAUUUAUCAAAUUCUGGGUUGGGUUUAGUACAGAUUAAACAUAUUGUUUAGUGGAGUAGUACUUUGGGUUUUAUUUUCAGGGGGGAGCUUCAUAUUUACCAAAAAGAAAUGGUAUCAAUCUUCUUCUAUCAAUCUGAAGUGAAUAUUUUAAAUGUUGAACUACUUUCCUUUUUCUGCUGUUGAAGCUUGUACAAAUGCAUAUGUUUAAUUAUUCACUGUUCUGUUGGUGGUUUGUUUGACAGUUGUUUGCUAACCUAAUAAAAGUUUCAAAUCAUGAUGAAA